GCUCCGUGUCCGGAUGGCAUCCCUAACGUAACAGUGAAAGUCGCGCUCAUGAAACACCCUGAAAUGUUCCGGUCAUCACUGCGUCAGUAUGUGGAUGAGACGGUCUUUCCAGUUGAGUGGAAGCGGUAGCGAUUGGUGGUCAGGCCAAAACCAGGAAAGCCAUCAGUAUAUCGUCCGAUUUGUUCACCUGGAUACGGAUGGCAUGGUGCUGAAGAAGGUGGUCCAGAGCAGGAUACGGUUCUACACCGACGGCGUGAACGGCCUUUCCGAUAACAGUUUGGUUUUCGGAAAGGCCGCAGCACGGUGGAUGCCAUUCGAAUAGUCAUGGAAGGAGCAGACGAAGCCAAACUAAGAAGAGAGGAGAGGAGACCGGUUUUGCGCAGUGGUCACCCUUGACGUGAAGGAUGCCUUCAACAGCGUCAGUUGGGCAGAGAUUUCGCCGUCGCUCAUUCGUAUGAGGAUUCCGGCAUAUAUUUAUAGGAUGGUGGUGGAGUGUUACUUCCGUGACCGCCAACUACAGUAUAUGACCAUCGAGGGAUUAGACACAGGGAGUGUCUCGGCAAGAAUUCCACAAGAAUCGAUACUUGGCCCGGUAUUGUCUAACAUCAUUUACAACAAACUGCUGAGACUGUGUCUCCCCACGGGGGUGAAACUUUUGGGAUUCGCCGACGACGUUGAUCUUCUGACAUUGGGCUCACCAACCGAAGAGGUACAGCUACUUGCCACAGUAGUGACUGAGAAGGUGAAAAGUUGGAUGCGCUCCAAGAACUUGCGUCUGGCUCACCACUAGACCGAGAUGGUGCUGGAUCACAAACCUGAUUUCAGCACAAACAGGGAAGAUUGCAGCUUGACCGAAUCCAAGCGUGCUAUCAAGUACUUGGGGGUGAUGAUCGACGAUCGGCUGACUUUUACGGCCCACAUCGACUACGCCUUCAAAAGCGGCAAUAGCAACAGCAGCCCUCUUGUGGGCCAAGUCGAACAACUCAGCGUUCCGCUGCAGAAGAGAAACGGUCCUGGCGAGCGUGACCUCGUCAAUUUUGCGGUAGGGAGCGGCAGCCUGGAAAGCAGUCUUGAGCAGGAAGUGUACUCGGUAGCUGCUGAUGUUGUAGCGGGGGUCAUGCCCAUCUCGGUCUUGUUAGAGGAAGAUAUCUUCUGCUACGAGCACAGAAACAUGCCCGGUGUGCGGAAACAUGCCAGAGAGGCCUCGAUGUCCUAUUGACAGCACCAUUGGGACAGCUCAGAAUGCGGCCUCUCCCUAACGUCGGAUUUUGGAUGGAUCGGAAACAUGAAGAGGUGGAUUUCUGCAUAACGCAGUUCUUGAUUGGUCACGAAUGCUUGCCGUCUGUGGACCCGACAUGACAGCCGACAACAUGAGGAUGCCAAAACAUGACGUGUGAUCAGCUAUAAGUUCACCCGGAUCAUGACUGCU